AAAGGGAAAGGGAGAGAGAAAGGGAGAAGAGAAAGAAAUAGGAUAGAGAAAGAGAAAUGAAUAGGAAUAGAGAAAGUUUAAGAGAUAUUGACAGACACAGAGAUAUAGAAAGAUAUAGAGAAAGAAAUAUAGAAAGAGAUCGAGACCGAGAUAGAGAUAGGUAUAUGGAUAGAGAGAGAGACAUAGAAAGAGAUAGAAACAGAGAUAUAGAAAGAGAUAGGAAUAGAGAUAUGGAAAGAGAUAUGGAAAGAGAUAGAGAAAGAUAUAGAGAAAGAGAUAUAGAUAGAGAACGAGAUAGAGAACGAGAUAGAGAAAGAGAUAUAGAUAGAGAACGAGAUAGAGAAAGAGAUAGAAAUAGAGAUAGAGAUAUGGAUAUAGAAAGAGAUAGAGAUAGAGACCAUGAUUUAAAUUCAUCAUUUAAAAGCAUAAAAAAUUUCAACUCCUUUGAUAUAUCAAAAAAACGAUGUAAUGGAAUUGAUUCUAAUGUAAAUAAGAAACGAUCAUAUAUUAAUGAAAAUAAUAAUAAUUAUUCUGUAAAAAAAAUACAUGAUGAAAAUACACAUUAUGAACACACAGAUAAAGAUAGAUAUGUGUAUAAUUCAAAUGAUGUACAUAAUAGGAAACAUUCUAGCAAUAAAAAUAAAUUAAAUGAUACCGAUAAUUGGGAAAAAAAAAUGUCAAGGCUAAAGGAAAAAUUAAUAAAAAAAAAUAUAGGAAAAUAA